UGUUUCAGAUAUGAGAGAUGUUUUACGGCCGGGUUAUCUGCGCGGUAAGCGUUUUAUUGCGGUGUUGUUUGAUCGUUUUAAGGAGAGUAACAACGAAGCAAUCUCGGUUUUUUUAACAACUGUACUGUGCCUCCCACUAUAUCCAGACAUGAUCCUGAAUCAUUGACAGCAUAUCGACGUGCCACAGUUUUUCCUUGAGGACGCCUGGGAGUAGCGAAGUGAAUUCGGGGUUGCAGUUUGAAUUUCAUGAAAGUCUCAGUUUUGUUUUAGUUUUUCGUUCCGGUUCUCUUUCCAUGAAUGGAGUUUUUCCUCGCAGAGGAAGUGUAGCAGCAGAGAGAGCAGGACAUUGGGGGGGAAGUUACUUUAGAAUGUGUAUUCGUCAGGCAUUCACAGCGUUGUCCGUCACUCAGUUCCACAGACUGUUGGCAGCCACAUGACGGUCAGUUUAGGAGCAGUCAAUACAGUCCUAUUUGAAUGACAAAAACCAUAGACUAUCAAAUGUUAUUUCCUAUAUUUCUGUGCUAUUUUGCCCAUAUAAGUGACAAUUUGUGAUUUCGAAUCAUUAAUAGACUUUAUUUAAAUAUUUAAAUAGAAGAUAAUUUACCUUCAAUAGAUUCCAUGUCAUGUCAGUGACUCCAAAUCACUGCGUAAUUGUAUUACUACACUGGAAAACUAGGGCUAUUUAUAUUUUACAUUUGUUUAUGUUGUUGUGAAAGUAAGGCAUUUUCUCUAUUGGAAAGUCUUAUUUACUUAAACAGUUUACCUGUUAUGUGACCCAUUGAUUACAAUUCAAUUCCAGAUAUUUUACUACACUUGAAAAUGUGCAAAACUCUUUUUAGGGAUUUUAGCGCUUCUUCAAGUGUUGUUUGAAUAUUGUAUACAAAUCUGCACUUUGCCUUACAUCGCAAUAAAACCAAGAUGAUCUCUCUGACCGUACUACCAUAUAUUCAAACUCACCACCUGCUAUAAAGAUAGAUGAUGCAAGGAGGUGUGUGAAUGAGAAGUUUUUUUUAUCACAUGACCCAAGAUUGUGUUAAAACCAGAGGUUAGUUUGGUAAACUGUUGGCUGAUUUCAGAGCUUUCCAAAAUUAUAUUCCAAACUGCACCCCAGUUCCACUUCUGCUAAUUCAAAAGGACUUGGAAGGAAUAAUUGCCACAAUGGGCAGAUCUGGCAAAACUUCAUAUGAUCAUCAUGUGGUAGGAAGGACGAGUCAGAUAAACUGUCACGGUUUCUAAAGAGCAACAGACAAGGAGACAUGUUUGCUCUUCCCUCCAGUUGAUGAUAUGCAACAGAAGCCUCAUAGGAAAGAGGUUUCAUAGGAGCAACAUGAGUUCUCCAGGAUGAAUUCCCUCAGGACCUUUGCGAUGAUGGAGGCCUUUGAUUGUUCUCAAACAAGAAAACAGAGAACCGGUUUGCGGAAUACAGCCAGCUGCCUCUCGACACACAACAGCGACACCUCAGACAUUACGGACAUGGACUCUGUGCUUAUCUUCCCUGUUAUGGAGACGAAGUGUACAAGCGGCGAUGGGUCAUUGCUAUUCAUCUUCAGUGCUUACUCCAUGGGCAAUGCCUUCAUGUGGCUGCAGUACAGCAUCAUAGGCGACAUCAUAAUGCGGUUUUACAACAUUGACUCCCUGGCCAUUGACUGGCUCUCCAUGAUCUUCUUCCUCACCUACAUCCCCCUCAUCCUGCCAGUCAUGUGGGUGCUCGACAACCGAGGCCUCAGGGACGUAGUGGUGGUGGGCGCAGCCUUCAACUGCAUCGGGGCCUGGAUCAAGACGGGAACAGCCCACCCAGACAUGUUUGCCAUGACCCUCUUCGGCCAGUUUGUCUGUUCCAUUGCCACAGUUUUUAUCCUGGGUAUCCCCUCCAGACUCGCAUCCCUGUGGUUUGGGCAGCAUGAGGUCUCCACCGCCUGUGCCGUUGGUGUUCUGGGAAACCAGAUGGGUAUUGCCAUUGGGUUUCCUGCUCCCCCGCCCAUCCUUGUGCCGAAUGUGGACGAUGUGGAUGAGCUGGCGUACUACAUCAGGAUCAUGUUCUACACCAGCGCAGGGGUGGCCACCCUCAUCUUUAUCCUCGUGGUCAUUGUGUUUCAGGAGAAACCAGAGCUCCCCCCCUCCCAGUCGCAGGCUCAGGCCAGGAGCACCCCCCCCGAGGAGAACUCGUACAUGUCCUCUAUCUUGAGGCUGCUGCGCAACAAGCCCUUCAUGCUCCUGAUGGUCUCCUAUGGGCUGAACGUCGGCUGCUUCUAUUCUAUUUCCACGCUGUUGAAUCGGAUGAUCAUUGAUCAAUACCCGGGUGAAGAGGUGAAUGCUGGGAGAAUUGGUCUGACAAUCGUUGUUGCUGGCAUGGCCGGGUCCCUCAUAUGUGGCAUUUGGCUAGACAAGACCAAAACAUACAAACAAACCGCCUUGGCCGUGUAUGUCCUCUCUCUGAUCGGGAUGGUCGUCUACACCUUCACCCUCAACCUGGGUUACCUGUGGGUGGUGUUUGUCACAGCUGGAACUUUAGGCUUCUUCAUGACGGGAUAUCUUCCUCUAGGCUUUGAGUUUGCAGUAGAGCUCACAUAUCCAGAGUCAGAGGGAACCUCCUCUGGACUGCUGAACUGCUCAGCUCAGAUCUUUGGAAUCAUUUUCACCAUCUCCCAGGGGAAGAUUAUUGAUAGAUGGGGCACUUUUGCAGGAAACAUCUUCCUGUGUAUUUUCCUGCUAAUAGGAUCUGUACUGACAGGAUUAAUCAAGUCUGACCUCCGCCGGCAGAAGGCCAACCUCCAGCAGGCUGAGGUGCGGACAGUGAGUAAAGCCACGGCUGAGUUAGAAGGAGCCGUACCGCCACCUGCACUUCUGAAAGAGGGGAAGUGAUAAGGAGGACAGACUCUGACAAAGAUGCUGUUGACUGAUUAAUCACAAAUACUGUCACUUGAACAUGCAUUAACACGCACACAGGUGCCACAGAGGAAGAAAGGCAGCAGUGAAGAGUGAGCAGAGGAGAGUGAACCCCUCUGAGCAGCACUCUGUCAAACAUCUGAUGUACUGUACGUCCACACACUGAUUCAAACACCAGAGACUCACACUAAUGCCCAGGUGCAAUGUAGCUCAUCCCAAACCAAGCACAAGGCAAUCAUUCACAAGAGGAACACACUUGGAUCCUCGUAUGUUUUAAAAACAUUGAACUCAUCAUCUUAUUAAACAUUGAUUUUACCCAAUGGAGGUAUUUCAGUGCAAUGCAACUGCCACUUUAGUGUUUUUAACUUUUCCCAAACUUUUAACCGUCUGAUUAGUGUUAAUUCAGUGAUCUAUGAAUCUUAUAAGCAAUAUUUUAAAUGUGUUUCCUACUACUUGAUCAAUUUUGUGUGUAACUGAUCUCAGUCUUUACAUUGUUGAAGGCAUUCAUUAGAGUGCAGACUAAAACAGUUUGUCUCAUGUUAUCAUCUCUGCCUGCCAUCCAGGGUGACAUGGAGGAAUAACUUCUGCAUACUUUUGACUAUAAAUGUAAUUGAUGCCGUGCAUCAGUUUUGUCUUUGUGUAAUUGUAAGUGAUCUCUACAACACAUUUGGUGUUAGAUAUCUAGAUUAACAUGCAAUCAAGAAAGUCUGGAACAUGAGGAAUGUAAGCUCGGCUCAAAGUGAGACGGAAGGCAAGCGAAUCUAUUGCAGUUGACAUUUUGCACAAUAAAUGUUUUAAUGUGAACUUUUACUUAGGUUGUCAACUUGUGAGUGGGAAAUGUAGAUCAUGCUAUAAUAACUAGUGUGCCAUUCAAGGGUUUCACACUGUUCUGUGGGGACUGUCAGGUGAUUUUACUAUUUUAUAAUAAAUGAGAUUUUAAGAGGU